GAAGAUGAGGAAAUCGUCCAGAAAGCUUUUAAUAGAACUUUUCAAGAUCCAAGUAACCUUUCGAAAAGGUUUAUACAAUUUAUUGACAAGUGUCUAGAUGAAUACAAUACGAUUGGCAGUUAUUAUUAUGCGCCAUAUUCAACCUUAAUUCAAGCCAGUGGUGUAGGAAAAUCCAAAUUAUUGAUAAAUGUUGCUGAAGAGAUAAUGACAGUUUAUUGCUGUUUGCGGAAACCCGAAUCAAGUGGCUAUCCACCCAGAUCGGAUAUUGCCAAAAUGCUAAUAAAAGA